ACCCAUGUCCGACCAUCGUCUUGUCUCGUCCCCUCCGCCUACUCCCUUAAUACCGAAUGAAUUGAAAGUCCCAGUCAAGGCGCCAGCAUGGUCGCCCCAUCCCGUCCCGUCCUCGCUCGCUCACUCCCGAAAUCGACCUUCCCGUAUCACUUCCAGCGCCUCAAAACAACCCUCUACUGCGACGUCACCACCCGAAGCGCGCACAACACCUCACAUGCCAUCAGAACGCUCGCCUGGAGCCCGCUCGGCAACUUCGUCGCAACGGGGGCCGGGGACCGGACGUUGCGGGUGUGGAACCCGGAGAAACCGAGCGUGCGGUAUAGUACAGAGUUGAGAGGCCACACGGGUGCGGUGGAGAAGGUUGCGUGGCAUCCGUUGAAGGAAGCGGAGCUGGCGAGUAUAGGUUCUGAAGGGGUUGUCAGGUUAUGGGAUGUUAGGAGCAAGGAUCCGAUGGUUGGGGAGGUGAAGAUUGGGUCGGAUGGGUUGACGCUGGUCUGGAGUCCGGAUGGAGAGGAGCUGCUGGUUGGGACUAAGGACGAUGAACUGCAUCGAAUAUCCCGGUCGACUUUGAGUAUAUUGUCUUCCCAGAAACAGCAUUCCCAGACGAAUCAGAAUAUAUUCUCAUGGUCUGGAAACGAGGUAUUUGUCACGACUGGAGAAGGUCAAGUGAAGAUACUGGAUUAUCCAUCCCUUGACCCUCUUCAUACUAUAAACGCCCACACUUCCUCGAUCUUCUCGAUCGAGCUAUCUCCUCCAGGCACAUACCUCGCGAUUGGCGGCUCCGAUGCUCUUAUUUCUCUGUGGGACACCACCGAUAUGAUCUGCAAGCGGACGUUGCCCAGCUGCGUGGGCCCUGUGAAAAGUGUGUCUUUCUCCUUCGAUGGAUCAUACAUCGUGGGUGGAAGUGACGAAGGCAACACCAUCGACAUUGCUCACACUGAGACUGGCGAGUAUGUGCAUAGCUUCGACACGCAAGGUGGCAAUCAGUGCGUCGCCUGGCAUCCUAGGAGCUACGUGUUGGCAUACUCGUGCGAGAGCCCCCUAGGAUUUAGGGUGGUGGGAUGAGGAUAGGUGCUUCCAAGCCUUAUACCAGUUACUGCAUCCUUUGAGCUCAACAAGCGGGCUAAAAGGUUAAAUGGGACGCCACGCGGACUACCUCCUCCCGUCCCACCUUCGAUAUGGCUCAUCGUCAGAACACAUCUGAUCUGGUCUUGCUCACUUGUUGUCCUUCUGGAUUCAAGUAGCAGAAUCUCUUGCAUCGAAUCUCAGCAUGAGAUUGGCCCGGCCAAUCAGUCAUGAGGGCUGGGAUCAUGUCGUGCGCCUCCAGCCAUGCCAAAGAUUGGAGCCAACACAGCUCGUCACUCACUGCUUGUGGCACUUGUGAUGAUCAUACAGUGACUAGCGAAAUUGGCUUCCGCCUAAACGGCGGCCCUAAACUUUAUUCUCUGUAACUCUUG